AUGGGGCACCAUCAUUGGUGUCAGUGGGAGGAAUAGUGUCCCAUCAUUGGUGUCAGUGGGAGGAAUAGUGCCCCAUCAUUGGUGUCAGUGGAUGAAAAUAGUGCCCCAUCAUUGGUGUCAGUGGGAGGAAUAGUGCCCCAUCAUUGGAAUACCCAUGGGAGAGGGAGGGAGCGAGCGAGCCCAGGCUGGAGCAGGGGUCAGCAAGGUAAGUAUCAUUGGUGUCAGUGGGAGGAAUAGUGUCCCAUCAUUGGUGUCA